CAGGAACACAGUCUCCUCCCCCUGAAGCAGACGAGAAGAGGAGCGUUUCUCCGCACUGACGUACAGGAAGAAGUUCAAUAAGUCACUUUAAACAGCGCAUUUGGACCCACCACCCGCUGUUUAGCGCACUUUUCGCUCUUUUAUUCAUUUGUUGUGAGAAAACUGGAGGAAUGAAAGCGAAUCACUGUGGUUUGUGUUAAACUCUGCGCGCAGUGAACGUGUGGAUUUCCUCAGCAGAGGAGAAGAGGAGUGCCAUUUGGUCAUAAAUGGACGAGCAGAGCUGAUCUACAGCAGCUCUCCUGUGAGAAUGGCAGACCAUCUCCAUAUCGGAGACAUCGUGUCUCUUUACGCGGAAGGAUCGGUGAAUGGCUUCAUCAGCACUUUGGGGCUUGUCGACGAUCGGUGUGUGGUUCAGCCCGAAGCCGGCGACCUCACCAAUCCUCCCAAAAAAUUCAGAGAUUGCCUCUUCAAGGUGUGUCCCAUGAGCAGGUAUUCGGCCCAGAAGCAGUUCUGGAGGGCGAAACAAGGAAAACAAGGAAACAACAACAAUCAGGGAGAGCUGUUUAAAAAGUUAAAGCACGCUGCAGAGUUGGAGCAGAAGCAGAAUGAAUCGGAGAACAAGAAGCUCCUCGGAGACGUCGUCAAGUACAGCAAUGUAGUUCAGCUCCUCCACAUAAAGAGCAAUAAAUACCUGACGGUGAACAAACGGCUGCCUGCGCUGCUCGAGAAGAACGCCAUGCGGGUUUUUCUGGACCCAGAUGGGAACGAGGGCUCCUGGUUCAACAUCCAGCCCUUCUGGAAGCUCCGCAGUGAAGGAGACAAUAUUGUGGCUGGAGACAAGGUGGUGCUGAUGCCCGUGAACGCCGGACAGCCCCUUCACGCCAGCAAUAUCGAGCUUUUAGAUAACCCCGGCUGCAAAGAGGUGAACGCCGUCAACUGCAGCACCAGCUGGAAGGUCAACCUGUUCAUGAAGUUCUGUGACUACAGGGAAGACAUUUUGAAAGGGGGUGAUGUGGUGAGGCUGUUCCAUGCUGAGCAGGAGAAGUUCCUGACCUGUGACCUUUACAAGAAGCAGCAGCACGUCUUUCUCAGGACGACCCUGCGACAGUCGGCUACCUCCGCCACCAGCUCCAAAGCGCUCUGGGAGGUCGAGGUUGUGCACCACGACCCCUGCAGGGGAGGAGCCGGACAGUGGAAUAGCGUUUUCCGAUUUAAACACCUUGCAACUGGGAAUUACCUCGCGGCAGAGAAAAACCCUGAAUUCAAAGACGACACAGCUCAGAUUGAAGGAGAGAAUGAGACGGACACAAUGCACUCCAAGAGGAAGCACCAGGCAGCCGAGAAGAUUGGUUUCAUCCUGAUCUCUAUUCCCCAUGGGAAUGACAUCGCCUCCUUGUUCGAGCUGGAUGCCACCACGCUGCAGCGGUCUGACUGUCUAGUCCCCAGAAACUCCUAUGUGAGACUCAGGAACCUGUGCACGAACACCUGGGUGACCAGCACUAAUGUCCCCAUCGAUGUAGAAGAAGAACGGCCAGUUAUGCUCAAGAUUGGUACCACAAGCACUAGAGAGGACAAAGAGGCCUUUUCCAUUGUUUCUGUCCCCCUGUCUGAGGUCAGAGACUUGGACUUUGCUAAUGAUGCCAAUAAGGUCUUGGAGUCCACUGUGAGAAAGCUUAAGCACGCCCUCAUUACUCAGAAUGAGAGAAGGUUUCUGACGAAGCUGCUGGAGGACCUUGUUUUCUUUGUGUGCGUGGAGCCAAACAAUGGUCAGGAUGUUCUGUCCGUGGUCACCUCCACACCCAACCGAGAGAGGCAGAAACUGAUGAGGGAACAAAACAUCCUCGCCCAGGUAUUUGGCAUCCUGACGGCUCCAUUUGACGAAACCGGUGAUGGUCCAAUGCUGAAGUUGAAUGAUUUGGGAGAUCAUCGCAAUUCUCACUUCAAGUACAUAAUGAGGCUUUGCUACAGGGUGCUGCGACACUCCCAACAGGACUAUCGCAAGAACCAGGAAUACAUAGCCAAGAAGUUUUCCAUCAUGCAGUCUCAGAUUGGGUAUGAGAUUCUGGCUGAAGACACCAUCACGGCCCUGCUGCACAACAACCGCAAGCUGCUGGAAAAACACAUCACAGCCAAGGAGAUCGAGACCUUUGUCAACCUGCUGCGGCGCAACAGAGAGCCCAGAUUCCUGGAUUAUCUGUCUGAUCUCUGUGUGUCCAACAAGAGCGCCAUCCCCGUCAUACAGGAGCUUAUUUGUAAAUUUAUGCUGAACCCCAUCAACGCAGAUAUCCUCAUUCAGACCAAACUAAUCCCUAACACAGACGCCGCUGUACAUUCCUCUCUUCUUACGGAGGAAGAGGAAGAGGAGGAGGUUUGGCUCUACUGGAUCGACAUAAACAAGGAGCCUCAUGGCAAAUCCAUCCGCCACCUGGCCCAGGACGCCAAGGGCAACCACAGGGAUGAUAUAGAUAUUAUCACCUACUACAGGUAUCAGCUAGACUUGUUUGCUAAAAUGUGUCUGGAUCGUCAGUAUCUGGCUAUCAACCAGAUCUCAAGUCAGCUACCUGUGGAUCUGAUCCUGCGCUGCAUGUUUGACGAGUGCCUGCCCUACAACCUCAGAGCCUCCUUCUGUCGCCUCAUGCUGCACAUGCACGUGGACCGCGACCCUCAGGAGUCUGUGGUUCCUAUACGCUACGCCCGCCUCUGGAACGAGAUCCCUUCCAAGAUCACCAUCGCCGACUUUGUGUAUGAGUCGACUGACCGCUCCAGAGAAGAGAUGAAGAAGAAGUUCACGCCCACCAUGGUGUUUGUUGAAGAAUAUCUUAAAGAGGUGGUCAGUCAGACGUUUCCGUUUGGGGAAGAGGACAAGAAUGAACUCACUCUGGAGGUGGUGAAUUUGGCUCGAAACCUGGUUUACUUUGGUUUUUAUAACUUCCGUGAGCUGCUAGGCCUCACCCGCACCCUGCUGGCCAUCCUCGACAUCAUCAUCCAACCACCGCCUUUCGUUAACAGGCUCGGCAAGAGUCCAGACGCCGGCAACAAUGUCCUUCGAACGAUUCACGGCGUCGGAGAAAUGAUGACCCAGAUGGUGAUGAGUCGAGGCGUGCCCCACAACAUGUCCGACUCACCUCCCACUCUUCGCUACAAGAAAGGCCACUUCCUGCCCAUCAAUGAAGAUGUGAUGGUGAUGGACACCAAGCUGAAGAUCAUCGAGAUCUUGCAAUUUAUCCUGAGCGUGAGGUUGGACUACAGGAUCACGCACUUGUUGUCGAUGUACAAAACACAGUUUGACGAGAUGACGCAACAGGACAACUCUUUAGCUGAAUUGCCUUUGUUUACUUCAUCUUAUGAGCCACGGGUAGAUGAGAUUGCUGCUAAAGCGGAGAGCAUGUUUGCAGGAAGUUCAGAAUUAAACACGGUGGAGUUAGACGACGAAGGUGGCCGCACGUUUUUGAGGGUUCUCUUGUAUCUCAUCAUGCAAGAUUAUCCACCGUUGGUGUCCGGGUCCCUGCAACUCAUCUUCAAACACUUCAGUCAGAGGGACGAGGUGCUACAGGCCUUCAAACAGGUCCAGCUUCUUGUUUCGGAAAAUGACAUAGAGAACUACAAACAGAUCAAGAAAGACCUGGAUCAGCUGCGUCUGACUGUGGAGAAAUCUGAGCUGUGGGUGGAGAAGAGUGGAGGCUACAGCAAUGAAGACCCAGAAGCUGGGCAGGGCAAAGAGCCAAACAUGGAGGAGGGCAUCCUGAGCCCAGUGCAGGAUGGGUACAAUAAGCCUCAGAUCGACAGUAACAAGGAGAACAACUAUACCAUAGUUAAAGAGAUCCUCGCGCGGCUCAUUAAGUUGUGUAAUCCUGGUAAGAAGCUCCGUUUGCAGCAGCAGAGGCUGCUGAAGAACAUGGGAGCCCACUUGGUGGUGCUGGACUUGUUGCAGAUCCCCUAUCAGAAGCCGGAUGAGAAGAUGAAGGGAAUCAUGGCCCAGGCUCACCAGUUUCUGCAAAACUUCUGCCAGGCAAACCCUCAGAAUCAAGUCCUGCUACAUAAAUACUUGAACCUUUUCCUCACUCCUGGGCUACUGGAAGCCGAGACGAUGCGUCAGAUCUUCAUGAACAACUUCCAGCUGUGCAGCGAGAUCAGUGACCGCGUGAUCCAUCACUUCGUCCACUGCAUCGCGACACACGGGAGGCACGUUCAGUACCUCAGGUUCUUGCAAACCAUUGUGAAAGUUGACGGGAAGUAUGUGAAGAAAUGUCAGGACAAAGUCAUGACUGAGCUGGUGACUGCCGGUGAGGACGUGUUGGUGUUCUACAACGACCGCUCGUCGUUCCCGGUGCUGCUGCAGCUGAUGGCCUCUGAGCAGGAGAGGUCAGACCCCAACGGAGCUCUGGCGUAUCACAACACUCUGGUGGAUCUGAUGGCUGCUUGCACCGAGGGCAAGAACGUCUUCACGGAGCUGAAAUGCAACUCUCUGCUACCUCUGGAUGACAUUGUUAAAGUUGUCACUGAUGUGAACUGCAUUCCAGAGGUGAAAAUGACCUAUGUGAACUUUGUGAACCACUGCUAUGUUGACACAGAAGUAGAAAUGAAGGAGAUCUACACCUCCCCCCACAUGUGGAGUCUCUUUGACAACUUCCUGGUUGAUAUGGCUACUAUGUGCAACACUACCACAGACCGUAACCAUGCCGACCAGGCCCUGGAGAAGUAUGUGAUGGAGUCCGUGAUGGCUUUUAUCAAGGGUUUCUUCCACAUGCCUUUUUGUGUCAACAACUCCUCACAGCAGAUUAACAACUCUGUCUUCAUCAAGCUGAUCCAGUCAUGCUUCAGGAUCUACAACUGCACCUGGCUAAGCCCAAGUCAGAAGACCCUCGUGGAGAUCUGUAUCAACACGUUGGCUGAAGUAGCUAAAACUCUGAACAUAGCCAUCCCCGUUGAUCUGGACGGUCAAGUCACUACAAUGUCUCUUAAGGUCCACACCAACGUGGUGCAACGAGCAGCCAAAGACUGGAGGACGUCUGCUCGUCGCCCUCGCAAGGAGCCUCUGGGCGGCCUGGACUACAAGAUCAUUGAGAAUUUGCAGCUGGUCGUGUGCUGUCUGGAGAAGCAGAUCGGCCCAAAGAUCCAGGCUGAGUUUUCUGUCCUGGUGGAUGUUCUUCACAGCCCCGAGCUGCUGUUUCCAGAGGCUGCGCGGCUACGCUGUGAUAGUGAAACCUUCAUGACCACUCUAAUCAAGCACACCAAGAGUCUCAUGGACAAGGAGGAGAAACUGUGCAUCAAGAUCCUGCAGACUCUCAGGAAGAUGUUGCACAAGAGGGAACCUUUUCAGGAAUCUGAAAUGGAGUUGAGAAAGAUACUUCUCACUCGCUACUUUGGAAAUCAAAAGCUCUUCUCCAAGCCAGAGCUCGGGAGUGGAAACAGUUCAUCUGGCGCCUUUGUCAAACCGUCAUCUGGAGGUUCUGCCGUUCUGGAUGCUGAUAAGCAAGUCAUGGAUGAGGUAGAGAUCCAGUCUCUGUUGGACAAGGUUGGUGCGACAGAGCUGGUGAUUAAUCUGGUAGUCAACACCAAAAACGACAUUGUGUUCGAGGAGAGCAUCUUACUUGGAACAGCUCUUCUACAGAAAGGAAACACGCAGAUACAGUACUCGUUCUACAACCUGCUGCACAAACAGAAGAACUCGGAGAAGUUCUUCAAGGUCUUCUAUGAUCGCAUGGGCUUGGCCCAGCAAGAGAUCCGAGCUGCUAUGACGUCUAACGCGUUGGAGUUUAAUGUCAGAAGCAUGGAUGACGACGAAGGACCCAGUAGCUCCCGGAUUAGGAAAAACAAAGACCAGGGCCUACAGAUGAGAGAGAGCAUGCAAGGGCAGCUAAAAGAGGCCUCUGCAGCCACCUCCAAGGCCUUCGUCACCUACAGGAUUGAAGUGGAGUCUGAUGUCAUGGGUUUGGGCCAAAGCGACCAAGUGGCCCUUGAUGAUGAGAAAGAAGACGUUUUGAUGAACCCGAGCAUCUCGAUCAUGAACCCGAUUCUUCGUUUUCUCCAGCUGCUGUGUGAGAACCACAACUCGGAGCUGCAGAACUUCCUGCGCAAUCAGAACAACAAGACAAACUACAAUCUGGUGUGUGAGACUCUUCAGUUUUUGGAUUGCAUUUGUGGGAGCACCACAGGAGGCCUUGGCCUGCUGGGACUUUACAUAAACGAGACUAAUGUGAAUCUGGUGUGCCAAACGCUGGAAACAAUCACAGAGUACUGCCAGGGGCCGUGCCACGAAAACCAGACUUGUAUAGUCCAGCAUGAGUCGAACGGCAUUGACAUUAUUAUUGCUCUGAUUGUCAAUCCUAUUCAACCCCUGGAGAAGUAUCGACUGGACCUGGUCUUGGAGCUGAAGAAUAAUGCAUCCAAGCUCCUGCUGGCCAUCAUGGAGAGUCGCCAUGACAGCGAGAAUGCAGAGAAAAUUCUUGACAAGAUGAGACCUAAUGAACUGGUGGGUGUCAUGAAGGAAGCCUAUUCCCAGAGUUUGGAGAGUGAGGUUGACAGAGGAGCUGGAGAUGAAAUCAAACCCAGAGACGUAGGACACAACAUUUAUAUCCUGGCUCACCAGUUGGCUCGGCACAACAAAGUCCUGCAGCAAAGCCUCAGGCCGGGUUUAGGGUUGGUGCCGGAUCAUGAUGAAGAUGAAGCUCUUGAUUACUACGCCAAUCACACAGCCCAGAUAGAGAUUGUGCGUCUUGAUCGCACCAUGGAGCAGAUCGUGUUUCCAGUCCCCAACAUCUGUGAAUACCUCACCGAAGAGUCCAAGAAUCGCGUGUUCACCACCACAGAGAGGGACGACCAAGGCAGCAAGGUGAACGACUUCUUCCAGCAGUUCGAUAACCUCUUCAAUGAGAUGAAAUGGCAGAAGAAGAUCCGCGAAAACAAAGCUCUGUUUUGGUUCUCGCGCCACAUCUCUCUUUGGGGGAGCAUCUCCUUCUACCUGGCCUGCAUCCUCAACAUGGCCGUGGCUGUUUUCUACCCCUUUGGCGACGAUGGAGAUGAGGGCACCUUGUCUUCAUUCUGGAACGUCUCACUGUGGGUGGCAUUGGGGGUCACCAGCGCCCUACUUCCUGUCCUGCCGAAGCAAUGGGGCAUCAUAGCCUUCCUCGUCUCCCUCCUUCUGCGAGCCAUUUACACGAUGGGCCUCGCCCCGGCUUUGUUGUUGCUUGGUACAAUAAAUCUCUUCAACAAGAUAGUGUUUCUUGUAAGUUUUGUUGGCAACCAGGGAACGUUCACCCGAGGCUACAAGGCGGUUGUGAUGGACAUGCUGUUUGUUUACCAUUUGAGCAACGCCUUCAUCUGCGUCCUGGGCCUCUUUGUCCACGAGUUCUUCUACAGCUUUUUGCUGCUCGACUUGGUGUCCAGAGAAGAGACGCUGCUCAAUGUGAUCAAAAGCGUGACGAGGAAUGGGCGCUCCAUCAUCUUGACGGCUAUUCUCGCCAUCUUUCUCGUCUACUUUUUCUCCAUCAUUGGCUUCCUCUUCCUCAAGGACGACUUUCGCAUGGAGGUGGACCGACUCCCUACACCAGGUAAACAAGAUUUGCUGAGCAAGGGUGGAGCAACAGGUUCAUGUUUUAAAGACAGUUGCCCUGCAACGCCUUCCAGAUCACCUCCUGAUGAUGAUGAGGAUGGCAUGGAGCGGGUGUGUGACACCCUUCGCAUGUGUAUAAUCACUGUGUUGAACCAGGGAUUACGUAACGGAGGAGGUGUGGGGGAUAUCCUCCGGAGACCCUCCAAGGAGGAGCCUCUCUUCGCAGCCCGAGUGGUUUACGACCUCCUCUUCUUCUUCGUCGUCAUCAUUAUCAUUCUCAACCUGAUCUUUGGUGUGAUCAUCGACACGUUCGCUGACUUGAGGAGCGAAAAACAAAGAAAGGAGGAAAUUCUGAAAACCUCCUGUUUCAUCUGUGGACUGGAAAGGGACAAAUUUGACAACAAGACGGUGUCCUUUGAGGAACAUAUAAAGUCUGAGCACAACAUGUGGCAUUACCUCUACUUCCUGGUUCUGGUGAGGGUGAAGGAUCCGACGGAGUACACCGGCCCUGAGAGCUACGUGAACCAGAUGAUAGCGAUGAAGAACUUGGAGUGGUUCCCUCGUAUGAGAGCCAUGUCUCUGGUGAGCAGCGAGGGAGAUGGCGAGCAGAAUGAGAUGCGAUCCCUGCAGGAGAAACUGGAUAACACCGCUGCUGUGGUAGCUCAGCUCUCAGACCAACUGAAUGAGCUCAAAGAGCAGAUGACGGAACAGAGGAAGAACAAGCAAAGAAUUGGAUUUCUGGGUUCUUCUCAACCCAACCAUCUCAUCACUGCACACUGAAGGCUGCUUGACUUCAGUUCAUCUUUAAAACCAAUCAUAAAAAACGCCAUGAUUUUAGCCUUAAGAACAAACAGAUUGGUAUUUACUGAUAUGAAAGUGCUGAUGUAUAUUUUUGACUUAUUGCCUUUUCUAUAACACACUCACUGGUUACUAAGUGUGCCUUGUGAGCCCACUUAGCUGCAUGGUGAAUGUUAUGCACAUUGUGAUAUUAAUGUGCCAGACGGGCACAGGGAAGCAUUAGGGUUAUGUGGGCUAUGUCACGGUGCAGAUUACAGAAUUGCAAAGUUCAAUCAUCAACCUGCAGGAGACGAUCAGACACGCUGGGGUCCGAAAUGCCUUUACUUUUUAGACUUUUGUUUGUAUUUAUGAGAACCUUUUCAGUUCCUAGCUGGAGUAUUAUUUCUGUGUUUUAAAAAGAAAAUCAUGCUGCCUUGCUCGUUAACAUUUAAACACAGUAAUGGCUGUCUGUGCACUUUUGUUUAAAAGGGAAAAAGCUGAAACUAUAACUGGACGUGUUGACUUGUUUGGGAUAUGAAACUUUGAUGCUUUUUACGGUGUUCACAUAUACAUUCUGUGCACCUCUUCAGUUGCCUUUACAGAUUUCUAGACUAUUUAAAUGAUAGAAAUGUGAAUAAUAAUAACCUGUGUAAAACGUACUUGAAAUUUCUUAAAUCUGAAUCUUAUAUUGGUAAAUGAUUUAGUUUUCUUUUGUUAUCUCAGUGAAGAUGUCAGCUAUCUGUAAUUUUUACUCUGCUCACAUCGACGUUGUUUUUCUGUUAUGGACGUUUCUCUUGAACUGCAUCAGAUUUUUAAGUUAGACUUUGAGAUUAAAUCUUGCACAAAAGGGAAGUCGUAAUAAAUGUAUAACAAGA